UCUAUCUUGCUUGGAUCUGUACAUUCAUAAAGAAGCAAUAUAAUAUAACCUGUUUAAUAUAGCAUUUGAGAAUGUUUUUUGGUUUGUCUUGGAGCUUCUAUUUGAUGUUCCCUAACAAGUUUUAUAAUAAACAAAAUAAAAAGCUUCAGUGGUUUCCCGGCUUUUUUCAUGUGUAUUGUUGGCUAUUUGUCAUUAGAACAGUAGCCAUGCCUUCAACCCAAAACCAUCUCUGAUGUUUCAAGUUCAACCUCUCUCAUUGACCCCUCCUCUCUCUCUCUCUCUCUCUCUCUCUCUCUCUCUCUCUCUCUCUCUCUCUCUCUCUCUCUAUCAACAUAUUGUUGGCUUGUCUUGGAGUAGAAUCUGACUUUCUUUUAGGACAUUUGGGACCUUUUUGGAUUUCUUGGUGGAGGGUGCCUUGCAGUAGAAUGGAUAUUUUCAAUGUAGCGUUGGUGAGGGUAUGGAAAUAAAAUAGAGCUCGAGAUCGAUCAAAGAGGGAUGAAAACAGGAUCGUCUCUCCCUCUCGAAUAUGUUAGCCCUCUUAGUUACUGGGUCUGGAUAGUCCUAUUCUCCCUCCGCAUUUUCAAGUUGGAGUGUUCUAUGCAAUCAAGAGAAAUCCUAAUUGGCUAGAUGAUUCCCACGAAUUGUUUGAUUUUUGGUUAACUUGGUGAGUGAUUAGAGUCUCUGCAGCUUUGGCAAUAUGGAUAAGCCCUUUGAAGAAAGGCGAUCAAGAAAACCUGUUCAACGCCUUGCAGAAUCAAUCCGAUCUCUUCUAGGAUUCAAGGCACAUCUAACUUCCAGCUGGGCGGAAUCUGUUUGUCAUAUAGUCAACCAAUUACCAUCUGAUGAACCCUCUGGUGGUCCUAGGACAUAUGGUCCAAGCUUCAAUUCAGUGGAUUCCUCUGAGGAGAAGAAUAUUGAAACGGACGAAGCUCUUUCAAAGAUUCGAGAUGAUCUUGCAGCUUUGAACGCCCAUCUAGACCAGUUGAACUUAUGGAGAGGGAAGGCAUUAAAUGAUUUUCUAGAUUUGAAAGGCAACAUUCGGGUAUUUUGCCGCAUAAGGCCUCUCCUUUUGGGUGAGAAAUGUGGAAGUUCCGUACCUGUAGUAGCUUUCGAUUCAAGUACGGUGCUUCUGAAAUUCGCAGAGAAUAAGAGAAAGCAAUACAGUUUCGACAAGGUUUUCCAUCCAGGGUCUUCACAAGAUGAAGUUUUUUCUGAAGUUGAGCCAGUGAUAAAAUCUGCCCUGGAUGGUUACAAUGCCUGCAUCUUCGCAUAUGGACAGACAGGCACCGGAAAAACUUUCACCAUGGAAGGACGGGUGGACUGUCCGGGUGUUGUGCCACGUGCAAUCGAGGCAUUGUUCAAGCAAGCACUGGAUAGCAAUCAUGCAUUCCUGUUCACUUUCAGCAUGCUUGAGAUUUACAUGGGCAGUCUCAGAGAUCUGCUUGUCCCUCAGAGCAGAAAGCAAACAGAGCCUACAAUGCAAUACCUUCCAAUCAAAAUGGAUCCCAAAGGCGGGAUUGAGAUUGACAACCUCGUAGCCAUCAGAGUAAGUGACUACAACCAAGCAAAGAAAUUGUAUAGACUAGGCAGUCGGUUCAGGUCGACUGCUUCCACCAAUGCCAAUGUUACCUCAAGCAGAUCUCAUUGCUUGAUCCGGAUAUCUGUGACUUGUUUCAAUGCUCCCGAGAGACGAAGAGAAACAAACAAGAUAUGGAUGGUUGAUCUAGGUGGAAGUGAGCGCCUGUUGAAAACUAAAUCUAGAGGCAGAAGGCUUGAAGAAGGAAAAGCCAUCAAUCUAUCACUUUCUGCUCUUGGAGAUGUCAUCAGCGCACUCCAAAGGAAAAAAUCCCAUGUCCCUUACAGGAAUAGCAAGCUGACUCAAGUUCUAAGGGAUUCUCUCGGAGAGGAUUCAAAAACCUUAAUGCUCGUUCAUGUCAGUCCCAAAGAACAAGACUUGUGUGAGACUGUUUGUUCCUUAGGUUUUGCAACACGGGUGAGAAGCAUUCACCUUGGGCACGAGGAAUCGACUGAGGUAAGAACACAGAAGGAAGUUGAAAUGGCAGAGCUGCUACAGAAGGUGAAACUUCUUGAAUCUGCACGGGAAGAUGUUAGAAGUGACAUCGACAAGCUAAAUGAGAAACUGAAAUGUCUAACACCCAUGAACCCAUUUUCUAUUGAGCAUCUAGAAGCUCGACUUCUAUCUCAUGAAGAGCCUCAGUCUAACAUCGAGAAGAAUAAGGACAGUGCCAGGACUGCUGCAGGACCUUCAUCAUCACAGCUGCCAAGGUUCAUGAGGCCAACUGCUUCCAGUCAACAGAAAUCCACUUCUGAUCAUCAAUUGUCCAAGAGUGCAAGGAAGAAAGCACCACUAGUACCAGCAAGGAGGAGAAAGGCUUCAUCUGUUCGUGCCGAGUCUGUGAUUUUUCCUAGAAAGAUGUCCCAAUCAGAAUACGGGUCAGAUGUAGCGGGUUCUAUUUGGAAAUAUAGCACAGAUUGUGAAACUGAAUGCAGUCAGGGUGUAUCGGAAUGCGAUAUCAAAACGGUUAUUUUCCCAAAACAGGAAAAAUCCACAAGUAGUUCAGUUCAUUCGAUUUCUUUCAAAGGUCAAGAAAGCAUCCAUGAAUACGGAAACAAGUUGGAAGACAGAAAUGAUAUAGAUAAACAUCUUAACAUUGACAAUUGGCUUCAUCUUCAGAAGCACGAACCAACGGCUACAAACAUUCAUCAGAGUAAACAAGUGCUUGCCAUUCCUAAGCCAGAGAAAAAGAAAAAACCUGAUGAACAGAACCAUGGAGCUGCAGCCAAUGAGCCAGAGGCAUUGCAUCAUGUUAGUACGAAAAAUGUGGACUUAGCUUGUGAGGAAGCAAGCAAUCAUGAUUUUAAGGAGAGAGAGAUCUGUAAGCAGGAGGUGACAGAUGAAACAUGUACUUCUUUGGACAGGGUCAAGAUCGAUGUCCAUGGAUUCGAUCCCAUUUGUUCAUCCAAUCACACAGUCGAAAAAUCUGAACUUCUAAAGGAGAUACAGACGGGACCAACUGAAGUCUCCUAUCUAACAGAUGUAGCUAAUGGAAUGUAUGCAGCAAUCAAUCAAGCUGAACAAAUGGGAGGUAUCGUGUCGAAUGUGAAUGUGAUGAGAGAAAAUAAUUCCAUAGGUGAUUUAUGUGGAUCUCCUCCUCAACACAUGGAGGAAGUCAUGAGGCCUUGCUUACACUCGAUGAAAUCUCGAAGAAGUUUGUUUGCAGCUAAAGAUUUUCCAAUGCUUGAUGUUGUGACAAAGGAUUGCGUCGUUCCUGCCAAUGAGUUCCCUGAUAUUAAAGAAAAUAGAGGAAUAUGUCAUCGUGUUGGACGGACGGUUCGGAUCUUAUAUGCAAGUGCCCUUCUAGGAUUGGGAAUUCAAAGCAUAGGACUUGGGCAUGAAUUCUUCCAUGGGUUGACGUUUUAAAGGAGCUGCCAAGCAAUGCCAUUUAAAAACUAAGGCGUCGUUAUUUCUCUGAUUCCUCCAUUAUCUAUUUCAUUUCUAGCGGGUAAGAUGUGAUCAAAGUAGCGACCAAAUGGCAUGAUCCUUGCAUCUUAGCCGUUAGUGGUCAUGGCUUGCCCCUCGUCACAAUCUGUAUUCAGAAGCUUGCUUUACAUUCGAAAUAGGUAAAUUAAUAAAAAUUAUGCUUAUAUACAUGUAUAAAUGCACGGAGGAAACAAAAACAUCGAGGUACCUACAGUUAUCCUAAAACUCUCUUAUAAUCUAUCCUUGAUAGGAUGGUCCACAAAUCAAAUUGUUAAAAUGGGUCAUCAGGAAUUGGGUGGUAAUUGAGACUUGCAUGGUGUUCUUUUGUCUUGCUAGUCAAAACACAGGCGAUUUCCAUGUGCAAAUGUACAUACUGUUUUAAUUUUAUUUUCAUUCUUAUCCUCAAUCCGUCUCUAAUUUCGGAA